CGUCAUCGUCGUCGUCGUCGUCGUCGGCGUCGUCGUCGUGCUUGUUGUAGAAUGGCUCGAACAGGUGGAGAGGGUGCGCGCGGCACUAUGCGGCCUGGUCGUAGCGCGCGACAAGGUAAUGCUGAGGUGAGUAGAAUAUUUAUAAACGGGACGGAAGCAUAACUAGACCACCAGUUACCGUUCGGAAACGGCCGCACGCGGAAUAGCGCCAAAACCAGCCAAUCUUGCCAACCAACCAGCCAGCCAGCCAGCCAGCCAGCCAUCAUCCAUCAUCUCAAGCAGAAGCGUAGAAGAAGAGAUCACCCCGCGACACACACAGCCGUAAAUUACCACCCUUCCCUUCGUGCGUGCCGGAGUGUGCGUUGUGUUCCGAAUAGCGCGCGCUUAUCAGUGGCCACCGGCGACCGUCUUAUCGUACCGCCCCAACCAUUACUCUCGGUAGUGCUCCAGUUAAGAUCCCAUCUACUAACCCGUCCGAGGUCCUGUCAAUCAAACGCGCACCGCGCAUCACACUCCGCUUUGGUUUUCGGGCGCCUCCGAAGCCUCCGAUCCCGAAACAGUCCACAUCUUCGAUCCGCUCCGGUGCUCCGGGCGAGUGCUAUCUAACCAAUCUUGCGCCCAUCGGGAAAACCAUUGUUAGUCCUCGCUCGUGUGCCUCCGUGUGCGUGCAACCGAACAACCGAUCAAUCAAUCGCCUGAAAAGUGCAGGAUGUCUCAUCAGCGCAUCACCAACAUCCCGCGCCGCCAGGCCAUACCGAUACUGUACACCCGUGGUACGCACUACGAAGUCGGCUACGAUGUGGGUCGUACGUUUGGCGCGAUCAUCAAGAAUUUUCUGCAACUGUCCGGUCCGCUAAACGAGUCUUAUCUACCGCUGUACAACACCGACGAGGGUCGUAAGGUGUACAAUGCCACACUGGAGAGCGUGAAGCGAUCGUUCCCGCAGUACAUCCGCGAGCUCGAGGGUACGGCUGACGGAGCCCAGGUCGAGUUCCAUAAGCUGUUUCUGCUGCAUCUGGACGAGAUCCUGCCGGUUGCGGUCGAUGGUACCAACAGCAUCAAUCAACCGAUCGGCUGCUCCACGAUCUGCGUGAACGAACCAGACUGCGAAAUACUAGCUCACACCGAAGAUGCGCUGUCGGAGGUGCUGAACCACUACUACUUCGUGUCGGCGCACAUCGUUUCGGAUAGCCCACAGGGUAAGUAUAAUGUGAUCGAGGAGCGGUUCACCUCGCUGUGCUACGCGGGUCACCUGCCGGGCUACACGAUGAACUACAACCACCACGGGCUGGUGUUCUCGAUAAACACGCUCAGCGCCCGGACGUUGGUCAGCGGCAAAACGCCUCGCCACUUCAUCACGCGCGCUCUGCUGUCGGCCGAGAACUUCAUUCAAGCACAACAGAUUCUGCGCGAUCACGGCGUGGGGGCCGCCGAUGGAUGUUCGAUCAAUAUGACGUUCCUGGGACAGGAGGGGGACCGGUUGUUCCACAACGCCGAGAUGGGCCCGGCGACGGUGGGCGCGGACCAGUCGCACCUGAACAUCUUCACCGCCAGCCCGGGCGAGUGCAUCAUCCACGCGAACAAGUACCUACGGCUGCCGGUGCCGGAGGUGAACGGGCUGAUCAUCGACUCGAGCAUCGAGCGGAUGAAGACGUUCGGUUGCUUCCAGGCGCCCAAGACCGUGCACGACGUGAUUAAGAUGCUGGGCGACACCAGCGCUCGGGAGCACACGGUGUUCCGCGAGAACGGACCGAAGGAUGUCAUCAAGACGGUUUGCGUCGGCAUCUUCGACUGCAUCAAGCGCACCUGGACGCUCUACUCGGACAAUCCCAAGUUCAAUGCGCCGCUCGUGGUAUUGCCGCUGACGCUGAGGGAGCAGUAGACGCCCCGACCGGGCGGUCACCCGUACUCCCCCUGUCGGUACUCGCCCAACGUACCCACCACUUGUUACUUAUUUAUUGUGCACCCUGCCUAUUGUGUACCGCCAGUAUUGCUCCCCCCCCCCCCCCCCCCCCAACAACCGGGUUGAAAGGGAUUUUGUGUCCCUUCGAACACUAAGCCAUCGGUAUAUAGGGCCCGAAGCCCGAACUUUGUUUUCUUCUUCGAAUCUCACUUUUCUCACGUGUGUCCUCCUCCAGCUCAACACGCCGCGCAUGCACAUCCCCCCCCCCCAUUAUCUAGAGCAUAGGGGAGGACGGUGGCGACUAAUACGAGCUAAUCCUCGACCCCCUUUUACGCCCCCCCCCCCCCCCCCCCCCCCACCAUCCAACGUGACAGUGGCAACGAGAUGCGAAAGGAAACGAGAAGGAGAGAAGGUCUGAUGUCAUUCCACGAUCAAUUGCUUCCCACGAAAUUCAAAUGGCAACGAACCAAGCACUAAAAGCAGAAAUAAACUGAAAUGGAAAAACGAUAA